CGCCUUGGUUUCAUGGUGGUUCUUGUCGUUUAGGUAGCCCGUUCCAUACUUUAGUUCCACGGUGUGCUUGCUUGGCUCUUUAACUAGUACACGCGCUCCUCUGGGUUAUGUUUUUGAGUCCCGCAAACAGGAUUUACAUAAACGCGCUCAAAGCUGAGCCACCACCUUCGUUCAGAUUAAUCCUGCGUACGAGUCUCUGUAUGAGUAAGAUCUUGAUGAAAUGCUCAACCAUGUGGUAAUAACUCAUUCUAGAUGUCAGAACUGACUCGAGUUCUAAUGAAUUAUAUCAACCCUUGGGAACGGUUUACUUAACGUGGAGGGAUUAUCUGUCUGCGCAAGACACAAGAGCGAGUAGUGUUGGUGGGAGUUGUUCCCUAAUCCUUGUGGGUAGAGUGGUUGCUUAAGUAGAUAAAAUACAUUCAGAAGGUUUAUUACUGAUCAGUGCUUUUAAAAAAAAAUAUUAAAAUGGAAGAGUCCUCUCUUUUCUAGAAGAAAUUUAUUAAAGUUGAUACUUAAAAUGUGUGACUAGUACAAAGGUGUGUGAUGGUAUCUAGUUAUUUCAUACUCAUCAAGUAUUUACUGAAUGCUAUUGAUUUAUCUCAAAAUAUAUCACCACUAUUGCAAGUUCUUGGAGAUUGUUGAUAUAAAACGUGCACUCUUCUUUUUCGUAGCCUGGUUGAUUUGAAAGAACUGUCAGUAUGGAAGAUAAUGAGGUUGGUCACAGUGAGGAAGAAGAGCAAAAAUCUCUUCUAUCAUUUCUGGAAGAAAACGAAGACAAAGGUGGUCAGUUCUCUAAUGUGGAAGAACACUGGGAAGAAUACACGCUUGAGGAAGAGUUGGAUGGUGCUGGCACGAUGGGAAACAAGGAUGCUUCUGAAGGAGCUGGAGGCAAAUCUGAUUCUACCACGGCAAGCUUGGAACACGAUUUGGACAACAUUAAUAAUAUUCAGGCUAUGAAGUAUACAGAUAGAAUUUGCCUAUUAACCUUACAGAGGAACCUGAAAGAGCUCAAUGACAUAGCCACAGAAAAGGAACUUGUGGUCCAAAAAGCCAGAGACAAGCUGAGUACCUGUCAAGCGCGCAUCAAGAUGCUAGCAAAGCAGCUGGAUUGUGUAGACACUGAAAUAGAGAAAGAGGAGGAGGCUGGCAAUGUUGCAGCCUUGUCCCGCCUUCAGGCAACGCGCAGACGACUGUGCACUGAACUGGAGAACGAGAAGGAUUUUGAGUUGAAAAUUGCUUUGACACUAAAAGACAACAGGCUUGAGAUGUGGCAGACACAAACUGAGCAGGGAAAAUAUGAAAUCCUCCAUGAACAACUUAAGAAAGCUGAGGAGGAGCUGGAGAUGCAAUACCAAGAACGAGCAGAAGUGCGGAUUUGGAAGGAAAAAAUAGCAGCACUGCAAGCAGAAGAAAAUCGUCGGGCUAGAGAAAAAAAAGAGGAGGAAGCCCUGAAAGAAUAUGAAGAAAGACAAAAAAAAAUACUUGAAGAUGCCCAAAGGAACCACAAGAAAGCAGUCUGCUUCCUGAGAAAAAGCAUGGCAAGAAUUCAUGAAAAAAAUGCAAAGGAAGAAGUGAAAACUCAGGAGCAUAUGGAGAGAAGGAUACAAGCUGUGCUUUCCCUGAAAACCAGCAUAACUUCCAAUCGGGAAAAACUCCAAGCUGUCCAGGUUAGGAACAAAGCAAUGGCCUUUGAGGCAAAGAAGCAGGAGAUGAAAAUGAGGGAAGCUAUCCUAGCAGAAGGAGGCAAUGUUGCCAAGGAAAUUUUUCUCCAUAAGCGACUGCUAGAGCAUGAAAAAGAGAAACAAGCUGCUAGAGAACUGCAAAAAUCAAGAAAAAUUGAGAUUGUAUCUCGAAUUUUGCAAGAAAAAGCUGCUAUUCACAAGCAGAAAAAAAGUCAGUCCUGUACUAAGGCAAUUAAGGGUCGUGGUGAACCUGGGGGUUCUUUACUGUGGAGAAUGAAGACAUGGCAGCAUAUUGAGAAGACCUGCAAACGUUCAGUUGGAGUGAUAGCACAGUCGCAGUGCUCUCCAUCAGCUGGUUCCUCAGCUGGUGAGAGAACGGCGUCUGUAGGAAAGAUUUCUGAACAAAUAGCCCAUGAUGUGCUCUGUGAAAGCAGUGAAGAGGAGAAAGAGGGUGAUGAGACCCUAAUAGAACCAGAGUUCCCAGGACUUUGGAAUCAGGAAUGUGACAGGCACAAGGUAUCCAAAGAAGCAAUGGAUGCCAAAGUGAAAAAAGACAGUUUUGAGAAAAAAAUGGAGGAAUACCAAACUGGAAUUUUUCACAAGCAAAUAGUGUCUGGUCAUGAACGUAAAGGAUGUCCGUUCUAUAGUAAACCAAGUUGCAUUCAUUUCAAGGAUUUUGAUGUUGGCCGAGUCUACAAAAAGAAGAUAGUUUUGAUAAAUGCAUCCUACAGUGUUAAUUUCUGCAGACUAGUGGGAAUCAGUGAAUGGCUCAAGGACUUCAUCAAUGUUCAGUUUGUCCCUCCUGGCAAAAUGCCUGCUGGAAUGUCCUGUGAAAUCCUGGUAACAUUUAAGCCAAUGAGAAAUGAAAAUCUGGAAGGAGAAGUCAUGUUUAUGGCACAGACAGGUUCUUUCUCUGUUCCACUCAAAUGUACAGUCAAGAGAUGCAUUCUGGCACUAGAUAAAGAGCUCAUUGACUUUGGCAGCCAUGUGGUGGGAGAGACAAUUUCACGGACCAUCAACCUGACAAACAGUGGAGCUCUGGGAACAAGAUUCAGAGUUCAGACGUCAGUGGGUGACAGUAGUACACGCAGAGCAACAGCAGAAUCUUCUCCUGGAAGAAUGGUUACUCCCUGUUUGAGUGACUGUGCCCAUGAAAAGAAAGUCAGCGAUAGUCCUGUGACAUCUGUGGUUGAAAAGAAGGAACAAGUUUGUCCUGACCACAGGGAAGAGGUGACCUGCUGUGUGGCCCAGGCGGGGCAGCAGAGGAUGGAGACAAGCCCCAGUGGCAGUUCCGCAGAACAACUUGGUCAAGAUGUCUUAAAUUCCAGAACAGAUCUAGACACAGACAAUGCACAUCAUUUAGUGGAACUUUCUCCUGAAGAAACACCGGUUGAAAUGAUGCUUGGAAAGGUGACUGAGGGGGAAAUUGGACCCUUCAGCUCAGUCAAGCUUCAGGUUAUCUUUGUCCCGACUAUCCCUGGGGAUGUGCAGGCAGAGUUUGUGAUCAUGUUUGACAACUCAGACUGCAAACCACUGUGCUUUAGUGCCAUUGGAGUUUCCACCGAUGUGCCAGUUUGGGUGCCCAAUCCCAAGGUUGAUUUCAAGAUCUGUAUGUACAACCGACUUUAUCAGGAUUGCGUUGCCAUUCGAAGCAGAGCAAAAACCACGCUGCGUUUGAAGUUUAAAGUAUGCAAAGGACUAAGCAAGCACAUGGAGCUGCUUCCAAAGGCAGGCUACAUCCAAGCUCAGUCAUCCUUCAGCGUGCAACUCAAGUUCUUGCCCAGGCCCUCUCUUCCUGAAGAUGCAGGGAGUUAUUUCAAUGAAGAGACAAGAGUUCUGGAAGUUCCGGUGACAAUACUGAUUGUCAAUAAGGCUAAAAAAGUUAAUUUUACUGUGCAUGCAAUUGUUACUACUUCGGAUUUGGAAAUUAGUCCCACACAAAUCAAUUUUGGAUACUGCACAGUCUACGAAGCUGUGCAGGCCAAUGUCACAGUAACAAACAAAUCCAUCUUGCCACAGGAGUUUGGAUUUGUGGGACUUCCAGAGUUUGUGGAAAUUCAACCCAAUGAUGGACUUGGAAUUCUUCUUCCCCUUGAAAGCCUGACAUUGGACAUAGUCUUUAAAGCUAGCAAGGCACAAGAGUACAGCUUUGAACUAACCUGCAAGUCAGAGAUUAAUAGACAAUUCAAGCUGUCAUGCAAAGCAGUUGGAGUCCACCCACCUCUUGAAUUGUCUCAUUCCUUAGUUCGGUUUGCUGCAACAGCUUUAAAUGGUGUGUCUACAGCAACACUGUAUGUGAUGAAUUCCCACGUGAGUGCCAACCGCUUGACUCACGCUGUCCCAAGAACGGGCAGCGGGGAACCUGCCCCUCUUGGACCCACUUGGUUUGAAUUCCGUGUGCCAGAAGACUGUCCCGUGACAAUCACACCUUCCGUUGGGGUUGUGUUUCCUGGGAAGAAAAGCUUGAUUCAAGUGUCCUUCAGCCCGACACUCUCAGAUCAGCUAAUCAGAGAAGAGGCAGUUCGGAGGCUUUGCAGAGCAGCUGCGACAGGGGCAGAAAUACAAAAAAGGAAGAAAGAUGAAAAGAAAGAGGGAAAGAAACGCAGCAUUUCCAUUACCAAGCAGCAGUCUUCCAGACAGCUUGUAGGGGACGGAGGCAGCACACACCUGCCCUCUCCAUGUAGUUCUGAACAACCAAACCCCAAGGAGUUAAAGCCUGAUUCUGAUGCUUAUAUGGCAGCCCAGGCUUCCCUGCUGAGGAAUUUCCGUGGGAGGUUUGACAGAUACAUCGUACCAUGCUUUGUUGCAAGUGGCUCUAUGGAUGGAAAGAAAGGCUCUGAGAACCUCAGCUGCAGCCCUUACAACACUCUGUACGUGGAGCUGCACUGUCCAGCUGUAGCACCAUCUCUUGUGGUCACUUCAGAUAAUGGAGAAAACACCGUCAGUUUUGGUGAUGUUGCAGUAGGCCACAGAAUGCUGAAGCGAAUUACAGUACAGAACAUCUCCUCAGAGAAGAUGGAACUGGGAUUCUCAGUUCUGAAUCCCAACGGUCCCUUCCUGUUGGUCAGACCAGUUGGAAUGAUCGAGCCAGGGGAAAAUGAAACCUUCAGCAUCUCUUUUUGUCCAAAUGAGAGUAAAUGGUUUUUUGAAAAGCUGGACAUCCAGACAGCAAAAACCAACCUAACACUGAGGAUCACUGGUCGUGGGGUGACACCAUCAACUGUUUGCUCAGUGGAAGAAGUCCUCGAUCUGGGAUAUGUCGUAGUCAGAGAGAAGGUGACUUCCACGUUCAAGAUACAGAACACUUCCACGCUGACCCUGCGAUACUCCAUACAACUAGAUUCGCUUUCGUCAACAAGGGACAAAGACUGGCAGAGACUUCCAUCCUUUAUUACAUCCCCUUUGCAGAGAAGAGAGUUUGUUGGAACACAGAACUAUAGUGGCUUAAGUGCGUUCAGCAUCUUUCCAACAGAAGGGGAAAUCGUUGCUGGGAAGAGCCAGGAUUUUACUGUUACUUUCAGCCCUGACCAUGAAAGUCUGUACUACUCCGACCAUCUCAGGGUCGUGCUCUUCGGCAAGGACACAGCCCACACCAUCCUCCUGAGGGGUGCAGGCACAGCGCGCCCCGUGUACGUGGCGGGGGGAGCUCCCCUCGACGUGCCCGUUGAGUCCUUGGCCGGGACGUUCCCGCGACCGUUGCUGGAGGCGCUAGAAGGAGAGCUACAAGAACCAGUGAAGUCCGUUCUCCUCAUCCUGGAGUAUGUCGAGGGUUCUGCAGCACCGGCCGUGACAGAACUGGAAGUUGGAGCUAUACACUCAGCUCGGUUCCCAUUGAAGAAGGACCCGGAGUUCAGCGUGGGCAGCCUGGCGCUGCUGCAGCAGAAGGGCUUCACCCUCCGGCCCGCCAAGGGGACGCUGGAGCGCGGUCAGGCCAAGCGCAUCGGUGUUUCGUGGGUGCCACCUCCUGACUCGGAUGCCAAGGACCCUGUGCUUGUGACAGCCCUCCUGACCUUCAAAGGUGACAUUAAGGAAUCUUACCGAAUCCUCUUCAUGGCGAGAGUUGUGUCUGCGUGUGCUGCCACGGAGUGAGGGAGCCAGGCCAGGCGGCAGGGAAGAUGGAGGCUUUAUCUUACUGGGAAAUCAGCUCCGUUGAAACAUGGAAAGAUUUUUAGAUUGAUCCAAAUAUGUGCAGGGAGCAGAGAAGUGGGAGGGAAGGUGACAUGUAAUAUUUCUGCUUUUUUCCCCAAAAAAUUCCACGUAAACUCUCUUUCCAUCAGUUGCAUUUUCAAGCCGACUCUAUGACAAUAAUCUUGUGGUAGAAGACAGACUGAAUGAGGGGCCCAGGUAGAUACAUCUGCUGUUAGUCACCGUGUCUUCCCAAGGCACUUGUUCCCUCGGCCGGAGUAUCUCUCUUACACCUACGUGGAUGAGUUUCAGACAACGUCCAUCUUUCCAAUUUCAGAUGCAUUUGAAUGGAUUUGGAAAACCCUUGGCUUUUUCCUUUUUAAAACCAGAAUAAAGCUGCUUACGCAAGUCUCCUCUAAAUCGUUUGGGCAGUCAUCUUUACGGUGCACUGUGAAAGCUUCCUGAUGACACAUGAUCGAGGAGGAAAUAGUGACUGUGUUGCCCACUGAGUCGCUGGAUACGGUUGGACACUUGACCUCAAUCGUGGCUGUCCAGGAACUUUGUAUUUCUACAUUUGCUUUCCUCUAAUUUCUGACUAAAAAUAGAUUUCUGCCUGUUACUGAGUUAAGUUGGAGUGCCCUGCAGGUGUAACCUCUGCCAGGAAGCAGUAGCUAGUUCAGGGAGAAGUAGAGAGGCACUACACUAUGGAGAAUGAAAGGACCAGGACGUUAGCAGACAUCUAGAAAUGUAGAUAAUCUUUUAAAUCUUGUAUCACACUCUCUUUCUUGAAUCACAGUGAAUCUGUGGCAAAACUCCCUCACCACCACUCCAAAGGCAUAUUGCCCUUUGGCCCUGCGUAGCUGUUAAGACUGCUUAAUUAGAUUAUGCAGUAAGAGAAUAGAAACGGACUGUUUGUAAAUCUCCCUAAGGUAAAGUGUGGCGAGCUCGUCAGACUGCAGGAAAAAGCAGUAAAGCACUUGUCACCAGAAAUUUUUUUAUAGGGGAAGCUUGUAUAACCGAUGAAGAGGCGUUCCUUGUUUUUCCAAAGACAGUGUUUGAUCCAUUCAGCUCUGUUCUCGUUUAAUAAUGGAUCAAGUGGCUGCGAAGUUACUUAACUCUGCAGUCUAAAGCCCUACAAACGCUGAAGCACUGAACAGCAGAGGCAGGAGGGGCGGGGGGGGGCAGUGCUGGCCAGAGACAGCUCUGCCUUGGUAAGAGGCACCGAGUAUUCCUCCUGGCACAGCUGGGGCAGUCGGGGUGAAGCUGAGGACAAUGAAGUUCAUGUGCUGAUUCUCUUGCAGUCCUUGCAGGGAGAUUAAAUACUGCUGCAUAAAAAGAAACUCCUGCCAAUAGUUCUGCACGGUUGCCUCAAGAUAGGGAGGUUUUCAGAAAGCAAGGACGAGCACAGCCUGGUGGAGUGGGAGGUUUAUUUCAGGCAGUUAAUUUGGGGGCAUCCAUUAUGUGAGGAUCCUUUGGGUUUCCCUCUUGGAAGCUGGAAAGUAAUGGCUGAGAAUACAUUUGUCUCCAGACCCUCAUAACUAUAUAAUGUGCUGAAAAGAAGUGUAAAAUUAUCAGGAAACCACACCACUGACUUAGGAAUCUUCCACUUCAUAGAGGCCAGGAACUGUGAAAAAGCAUCCAAAGGAUUAAAAAAAGGAAAAAAAACAAAAAAAAAAAAAAAAAAAAAAAAAUGUAGAGCCUGCAGUAAUGUUGAGACAUUGUGGAGAUUGCUUGCGAGAAUAAGGCGGCGGCUCAGUAAGCACAAGGAGCAGCUGGUCCACCCAACAGUAAGUGCCUGGACCCCGACUCUGAGAGACCGAGCCCGAGUCUGGGGAGCUCUGGCUGCGCCCCGUGGGCUGGGGAAGCUGGAAGGGCACGUGCACGGCGCCGUGCUGCCGCGCUCCGGAGGUCAGGCUGGUUAUCAGAGCAGCUGCCAUCGACCUAUGAACAGCCCAGGGGGUGAGCGAAGGGUGUUACCCACUGUUAACUGUGUGCUUUGGACUUGAUCUCGAAAACCCGCAUGAAUAAUUUCAUGGAUUUGGAGUGAGCGUAAGGUUCUGGGUUUCACUGGGGAAGGUUUCCACACUUAAAGCUAAAUGUGUAUUCCUUCUCUCUGGGGGAGUGUUGAACCGUGACAAUAAGAAUAGGUUGCUAUUCCUGGAGUGCUGGAAAUAAAGGAAAUUAUGCUUGCAAUACACAGCUGAGACUCUGUAAAGCACUUAUAGAAAUCUGAAUGUUUUCUAUUUUCUUUCAUAACAGAAAAGCCUGUUAUUUUAUCUCGGGUCUGGAAAGUAAUUGUGUUUGACUUCUUGGGGGCAUAAUGGCUGAUCCUUGUGGGAUUGGGUUUUCCCCUCCAACUGGAUUGGUUUUGUUCUUCUGGCACAGUCAUUGAGGUGCCCAGCUCUUGCACAAGGCAAUGUUUGAGCGACGGGGGAGACAAACUGAUGUGGAAAAAAAAAAAACAUUGCUGUGGGAAAGCAGAUCCGUUGUAAAACUCAACACAGGCAUGUGGCCUGUGCUGCUUCAUCUGGAACACAACUGGAACUUAAAGAGUAAAAGCACAAGUUCCUUUUUCUGCAGAAUGUAGCCCUUGGAUGUUCCACUGUCAUUCAGAUGAGAAUUGCCACGUUUCACCAAGGGAUAGAAAACAGGAUCCUUUCCAGAAAAGAAACAACUAAUCCUCUGAUAUAUUUGCUGAAGUUCUUGGGCUUGAUUUAGUGUUUAAACAAAGUUUCCCAAUCUAGAGUAAACAGGUUUUCCUUAGGAGACACCUGACCGCUUGUUUCCUUGAGCUGACUGAAGUGGAGAAAUCAGUUCCUAAACCCUGUGACAGCUCCGUCCUGUUUCAUCACCAGGACUCUUCACUUGCCUAAAACCUCUUGUCUGUGAGUGGAUGUUGAGCAAGCAAGCCAAGGAUUCACUAACAGAUCUGACUUCUAAACCAGAAAUAACUAAAAUAAUUUCAUUUAGAUGAACAUAGUUACUUUUGCUGUUUUUUUAACUGGCACCGAGCCUCUUUAGAAUCUUCCCAAUGCAAAUUUGCAACGAUCCAAGAUGCACACUGUCAGGCUGCUGAAAAUUUAGGAAUUCUGUCUGGAUGCUCCUACCUAAGCAAUUCUUAUUUGUAAUAUGUAUGAAAACAGCUUCUUAAUCUUUCUCCAGUACAGGAAACAAGAAAUUGACUGGGAUGCCUGACUACUGGAAACAGUUCUCCUGCUAAUUUAGCCACACCAGGCUGAACUAGAAAUACUGGGUUUGUAGGUGAUUCCUUGACGCAGCUGAGAGCUAUUGCAUCCACUUGCGUGGCUUAAUGCCAAGUGCACAACUACCCGAAGCAGCUCCAGCCUUCGUGCAAGUUAAUCUCUUGAAGCAGCAAACAAUCCUGUCCACUGCUGUGCUUCUGAAGUACGUUAUCAACCAUCGUAGCACAUUUGGCAUUAAAAUUGCCUGGAAAUUCUCAACACGUAAUCUGAUGUUUCUCUUCCCAUAUUAUAGGACUCCAAUAGGGAUGGAGCCCUUAUUGUGAGGAUAACAUGGGAACCUCAGAAAUAUAUUUAAGUAUCCCAGAAGCUGAAGUUUUCUGCUCUUCUAAGUGUCUGAACAUUAGGCUUUCAGAUGGAGUUUUGCAGCUGUGAUCCCUCGUGACUCACUGGACACAAACUCCUGUGCUCUCAGGUUCGGGUCUGUGUAAAUAGACUGGGUCUGGGCUUGGCUCUGCUGCUGUUCUAGUUUAAUAAGAAAUUCACAUCCAUGUAUGAUCUUUAUAAUCCCUAAAAGGGCUAUCACUCAUUUCUAAAACAGAAAGGAAGUGAGAGAGUAAGUACUGGUGUCAUAGCCAUGUUAUUAAUCCAUCUGCUGCUCAGCUGGUGCCUUCAGAUUGCUUCACACUUAUGAAUGCAGCUUUUCCUAAAUGAGCAACGGUCCCAUGACCCUGAGCAGUCCUGGAGGAAGAUACUUUAGUCACUCUGCCUCAUGCCAUGGCUGUGCCUUGAAACGCUGGGUUUGAGCCUUACAGAGCAAACCUCAGGUGGAGCAGGGGCUGCGGAAGCCUGUCCUGCCCAGCUGCUGCAGCCCGCGCUGCUCCCGGGGGCAGGAGUGUCCCCGGCCACCUGGAGAUGACCCAUCCUUCUUGUAGAAUAAACCUCUGGCAGCCCAAGUCCAAAUAUAUUCUCCUCUUGCAU